GGGCAAUAUUUUAUUAUUGAUUUUAUAGUCCAAUUAAAUCAUAAACAAAAACAUUCCAUGGCCUUUUUAGUUGUUUUUGUGUUAAUAUAAAAAGGUCAUCUUCAUUCUCAAAAAUCUUUCAUUAGCUCCCCCCUCACACUACUCAUUGCCCCCCCUUUCCAUAUCUGUGCUGGUCUUCCUCUCUUUCUUUUACUGCCUUUUCCUCAAACAUAUUGUGUGCCAUUUGAUGCUUUCCUUCUCUUUCCUCAUCCCAAUUUCUUACAUUUGUAAUGAUAAAUUUGUAACCAGAAUCACACACAAUGAGUAGUACUACUGCUUCUUCUACUGACCCUAACAUCAGGUCAGACUCUUCUGUGUUUUCCUUCUCAUCAUCAUCAUCAUCAUCUUCUCCGACCUCACCAUCAUCGUACGGCAGCUGUAAUCAAUCCCAUCCAAACAACGAAAACAGAGAGUUGCAGAGCCCAGAUUCGGAAACCAAGAAAAUCAAGCGAAUCAGGGACGUCAGCAAACACCCAGUCUACCGGGGAGUCCGAAUGCGGAAUUGGGGCAAAUGGGUUUCCGAAAUCCGGGAGCCCAGGAAGAAAUCUCGCAUUUGGCUCGGCACUUUCCCCUCGCCUGAAAUGGCUGCCAGAGCCCAUGACGUGGCGGCGCUCAGCAUCAAGGGGGCUUCCGCGAUACUCAAUUUCCCGGAAUUAGCCGGAUCAUUCCCCCGCCCGGCCUCCCAGAGCCCCCGCGAUGUGCAAGCCGCGGCGGCGAAAGCGGCCGCCAUGGAGAAGUUCGACGACUUCGUGUCUACGUCAUCGUCGUCUUCUUCGGGAACGACGUCGUCGAUGUCGUCUUCUUGUUCUCUGUCGUCCUUGGUAUCAGCGAUUGAUUUGUCGACCAGCUCAUCGGAGGAAGAGGAGUUGUGCGAAAUCGUGGAGUUGCCGAGUUUAGGGUCGACGAGUUUUGAAGAAUCGCUGGAGUUUGGGAACGAUUACGCUUACUACGACGCCGUGGAAGGAUGGCCCUACCCAGCUCCACCGCCUUGCUGGGGUAUAAUCGGAGAAGAAAACUAUGAGGGUGGAUUUUCAAGUUCUACUUCUUUUGAGUCCUUAUUGUGGAAUUAUUAGUUUAGUCUUGUUCUUUGGUGUGUAAAUUGGUGUUCUUCUUUUUUUUUUUUUUGGAUGUGACUGAAAUUUCUUAGCUCUUCUAAUUUUUAUUGGAGGGCUGAAAAACAGAAAAUAAUGUCUAAAAAAUCCCCCUUCUUUUUUCCAUUAUGUUUUUGUUAAGAUCUUCUGCUGAUCUUAAUUGUCUCUGUAAAAUUUGGAACUGCAACUUCUUUCUUCAUCAAUGAAAUUAUGUGUACAGAGUUUGGAAGUUUAACAAAAAAAAAGAAAGAGAGAAAAUGUGAUUGAAUUAAAUUCCUUUGAAUGGUUGGUAAAUUGAUGAUGUAUGUGCAUUAAAUAUCUGUC